CCCAAGGCAGAGAGGUCGCCAGUGCCGCGGGCUCGCCUGUGUCGUAAGGUGGUGGUCUGCAGUGCUACGACACCCCAUUUCGUCACCACCAGCACCACCACCACCACCGCCGCCGCUGCUGCAGGUUGACCGACGGCCAAACCCUUUUGGUGGAGGGGGCAUACCCCCUUGCUGCCUUUACCAAGGGGGGGAAUAGACUCGUACUGUAUUUUGUUCAUCCUUCCGAUUAUGUCAAGAUUCUAUUGACAUAUUUUUCGCUUCUUUUUGGAAAUUACAUUUGCAAGAAUUGGCGGAAUGGCUAGGAUAGCAGGGGCGCUGGCACUGGCCAUUACUCUUCAAGCCCACUUGGUUUUUGCACAGUUCGACCUGCCCAGGAGGGGAGACAUGGAUCCCUCUCUUUUCGACACCUCGUGGACGAGCCCUGAAUUCGAACAACCUUUCAACGAGCUCAAUGGACCUUGUGCUGACUACCAGCCCGGCGAGGACGAUCUCCAGGCCUUCGAUUUCAUCCGGAAGUUCAGACUUGAUGUUCUCGAGCAGGACUACCCAGGAGUGACUCGAGUUCGGGGCUCCAACGACAUGCAGACAGCCUACAGGCUGAAGUCUGAUGCCAAUCUCCAAAUCGCCACUAGGGAAAUCUUUCCACUGGGCCUUCCACAGGAGUUCUCGCUCAUCUGCACCUACAGAGCACGGCGUCCUCCCAAAGGCCCUUGGGAUAUCAUCCGCAUCAGUGAUCUGCAGGACAGACCUCAGUUCGCUGUUACCCUCAAUCCUCGAACUCAGAACGUCGAGUUCUCCAUCCUCUCUUACGACGGAACUUUGCAAACGCUCAUCUUCGAUAAUGCCCAGGAGGCCUUCGACAAAAAAUGGCACAAACUCCACUUUGGCGUCUUCCGAGAUCGAGUGACCCUCUACCUCGACUGCCAGAGGACCACAGAGGAGCCCCUGGACCCCUUCGGUCCCAUCGACAUCAACGGAAACAUCUACAUCGGGAAACAACAGGAGUCCUUCAGAACCGUCCCAAAGAAACCAAGGGGGUUCAGUAUAGAAUUACAGUGGAUGGUUAUGAGCUGCGACCCGUCACGACCUGAAAGGGAAACCUGCGAAGAACUGCCGGAAAAACUGCCUCAAGUUGGUCCAGAUCAGUGCGAAAUCGUUUGUCCAAUGGGACCCCCAGGUUUCAACGGAAGUGAUGGUGCAGACGGUGUCCCCGGCCGACGUGGACCUGCUGGACCUCCUGGACCGUUAGGACCUACUGGUCCACCUGGAGAAAAUGGAGAACCCGGUGGCCUAGGUUUCCCCGGCCCAGCUGGACCACCAGGCGCACAAGGUCGUCAGGGUGAGCGAGGAGCACCUGGAACCGCGGGACAACCGGGACCGCCUGGACCAACUGGUCUCGGAGGGGCAGUGGGACCCAUAGGACCCAAAGGAAAUGACGGAACCCGUGGUCCCCCUGGACUUCCUGGCCCCAUAGGAAUUCAAGGCCUGCCUGGUCCUAAAGGCGUGCCAGGAGACUCGGUUCUUGUCACAGGGCCUACAGGAGAACAGGGUCCACAGGGUCCGCCAGGUUUACAAGGACCGCCAGGUAACGAUGGCGCGCCAGGUCGAAGAGGGCCUGCAGGAGCGAAAGGCGACCCAGGAACAGAGGGACAGAACGGCAGACGAGGAGCAGCAGGCCCAAAAGGUGACGCUGGCAUUCCAGGCCUGCCCGGACCUAGAGGAGAACCUGGGCCUGUGGGUCCUGCUGGUCCACCAGGAAUACCAGGUGGUUCAGCAGAAGGUGAGGCUGUCCCAGGACCUCCAGGUCCACCUGGUCCUAUGGGUCCAAUUGGUCCACCAGGAGAGCCCGGAAUGGCAGGUCCUAUGGGAGCUACUGGCUUAGAUGGUAUGCCAGGAGAGCGAGGCGACAAAGGUGAUCGGGGAGAGAACGGUUUACCCGGAGAGGAUGGCAACCGGGGAGAGACUGGAAAACCAGGUCCAGCAGGUGAAGCUGGUGCCAAGGGUGAACCCGGUAUCCCAGGAGUGACUGGACUGAUCGGAAAACCCGGUAUAGCUGGACUGCCUGGGCCACAAGGACCUCCUGGAUCUCCUGGUCCCGAGGGCUUGAAAGGUGAGGCUGGAAAACGAGGAGAACCAGGUUUCCCAGGCGAACCCUCACCCCCUGGUCAACCAGGUCCACAAGGACCACAGGGUAUGCAAGGUGACAGAGGAGAGGAGGGUCCACCCGGACCACCAGGACCUCCAGGAAUGCAAGGUCCAGAGGGCAAACCUGGUCAGAUGGGAAUCAUCGGCCCCAAAGGACAUUCUGGUUUACCAGGUUUAAAGGGAGAACCAGGUAAACGUGGAGCUCGAGGCGAAGGUGGUCCAAUAGGAGAAAUGGGUCCUAAAGGUCCUGCAGGACCUCAAGGACCUCCUGGACGACCCGGAAAGGAUGGCGUUAAGGGAUCUCAAGGAAUACAAGGGACUAUUGGUCCCCGUGGUCUUCCAGGGCCACAAGGUCCACCAGGUCCUCUUGGUGCAUCUGGUCCACCUGGUCUCCCUGGAUUUAUGGGUAAACCUGGAACUCCAGGUGCACCUGGUCCACCAGGUCCUCCUGGCAAUCCUGCUCCGAUGGCAAUGGAAGUAGCUGGAGAGAGAGUAUAUGGUAUGCCUGGGUCUAUGGGUCCCAUGGGUGCUCCUGGUUUGCCUGGCGAACGAGGAGCGGACGGCGACCGCGGACCACAAGGCAAAACUGGUAAUCCUGGUCUACCUGGCAUCAGUGGCCCUACUGGUCUCCCUGGACCAGCAGGAGCAAGAGGACCCCCUGGGGCAGCUGGUUUACCCGGAACCCCUGGACGCGAAUACACGGAGGCUGAACUUCGAGGAAUCUGUGCUUCGGUGCUGAGAGACCGCAUGGAAGAACUGAGCCGUGGCUUGAGAGGUCCCCCUGGCCCGCCUGGAAGGGGUCGAGUGGGAAGGCCAGGGUCCCCUGGAAAACCCGGAAAUCCAGGUAACCCUGGUGUCUCUGGAGAACGCGGUGAACGUGGUUACUCUGGCUUCCCAGGAGCAGCCGGUCCUCAGGGACCUGCCGGAGAGAGAGGACCUCGAGGUUACAAGGGAGAUCGCGGCCAGAUGGGCGAAGGCAGGGAAGGAAAGAUGGGACCUGCUGGUGAACCUGGUCCACCAGGUCCACAAGGAGUUGGGCUUCCUGGCAGAAUAGGAGAAAGAGGCCCUCCGGGCAUGCCUGGAUCUCAAGGAGGCCGGGGCGCCCCUGGUUCACAAGGACCCCCAGGACACUGCGAGUACUGUAAUCCAGCCUUGGCCUAUUCCCAUCAGCAAGCUGUAGCCGGCAACGUCAAAGGCCCGUGAGGAUCCUAGUCCAACACUCCCAAGGAUGUCGUGACAUCCUUCAAAGGGAGAGCGUUCUUUUUUUUUUCAAUUUGCUGAGGUCAACGUAACUCGAUAAAAAAAAAAUCUUCGAAAUGCUUUUAGCUGUCACAUCAGUGUAGGAAAAAAUUCCGUCCUUCUUACUCCAGUCUGAGCAUUAUAUGAGAGCUUCGUGUUUUCACUUUUCCUUUUCUUGAUAUUGCGAAAUAAGAUUGAUUAGUUAUUGUCAUUACUUUUAUAUGGAACGUCUCUCAAACUUACACUAGGAAUGUAUCGGUGCAUUUUUCUAAAGUCCCUCCAUAUUUGAUUGGCUGGAAAGGUAUACAUGAGUGUUUAGAUGUGUGUCAGGAGUCUUACUAAAAAUGAGUUAGGCAAACCAAGAGAACAUAUCAUGAGGAAUAUAUACCCUCCCCACCUCUCUCCCUUUACUAAGUAGGUCCCAAAAAACAGACAUUGAUUUAAUGUCUCUUCCUCAAUCACUGCCAUAACCUCUCUUAGUUUGUUUGUGCUGAAUGAAUGACUGAUUAGUAUGUUAGGUAGAAUAGGAAACGUUAACUUAGAAUAAUUAAUAUCAAGUUUCAGAAAAUGUAACACGGGCAGUUGAAAACCAGCGGAUAAUCUAACUUUUUUUUAUGUUUUAUACAGCACAUUUAUAUCUAAUACGUGCAUACAUACGAACAGACAAGUGCGUUUGCUUAUUUGACCGAAAGUAAAGCAAUGAGAUUCCCGGUAAUACAAACGUAUCAUCGGCAUUAAAACCAAAUACAUCCAUUAAAUUUAAAGAUACUCAAACAAUCUCUUUAAAAUUAUACAUUUUACGAUCAACCAGAUCCUGCCUAGUGCAACUAAUGCUGACCAAUGGUGCUAUUACAAUGAAGAGAAGAGAGGAAUAAGACUGAAUGAAAGGAGAGAGAGAGAGAGAGAGAGAGAGAGAGAGAGAGAGAGAGAGAGAGAGAGAGAGAGAGAGAGAGAGAGAGAAUAAGCUUAAUAAGUGAGGGAGAAUAAGUCCUGUAAGUGAAUGGCUCUGAAUCCGGGAUUAUUCCAUGGUGCUACUGCGGGUACACACCUCCAUCGCAACACAAAAAUAAAUAAAUACUGCCAUGUUGUAUAUUCUUUGUAACUAACAUCUUAUUGUAUAUAAAAAUCGUUUUGUAUCGAAAUUAAUAAAGAGUUGGCCAACA